AAUGUAUGGUUUGGUUAUAUGUCGAUGGUUGGUGCACAACAAAUGGUCGACAUGUUUCAUCAACGAUGCGGUCGUCGUGUAACUUUAACAAACAACAAUUGCACGGCCAUACGGGAUUUUUCAGAAUAUAAUUAUGGAUUGGUUCUCAGUGCUGAACCACUUAAGGAUGAUGAACUUUUUGAAAUUCGCAUUGAUAAAAAGAUGACAUCAUGGAGUGGUAGUAUAGAAAUUGGAGUAACAGAAUGUGAUCCAGAAAUAAUGGAAUUACCAGCUUGUGCCACUAAUCUACGACAAGGAACAUGGAUUAUGUCUGAUUCUGGCAUAAUGCAUGAUGGUAUAAGAACAGUAGAAAUGUAUGGAAUGGAUUUGAAUGAAUUAGAAGAAGGAAGUACAUUAGGAGUAAUGAGAACAUCUAAUCAUGAAUUGAUAUUUUAUAUUAAUGGUGUUUCUCAAGGAGUAGCUGUAUGCAAUAUUCCAGAACGCAUUUUUGCAGUAAUAGACAUGUAUGGUGAUUGUGUACAAGUGACUAUAACUCAUCCUCAAAUUGCUUCUGCUUUAUGUAAUGAACCAAAAGAUGAAGUUGAAAUUAAUAAUGAUUAUGCUCUUGGAGAAGCAUCUAAUUCCUCAACAACUAAUCUAGUCGCUAAUUUGAAUGUCAAUUUAAAUGUUAAUGUUAAUGUUAAUUUACCUAAAAACCCAAGUCCUGCUGCCAUUAGAGAAGAUAGAUUGAGAUUUCAUGAGAGAGUUGGCUCACUUGUAAAGUUAUCUAAUAAUGCUAGAACUGCAGAAAGGCGCAGACCUUUAGAUGAAUUUAAUAAUGGAGUAGUAAUGACACACAGACCAUUACGGGAUAAUGAAUUAUUUGAGGUACGAAUUGAUAGACUUGUACACAAAUGGUCAGGCAGUAUAGAAGUUGGAGUUACUAUGCACAGUCCAACAGCAUUAGAAUUUCCAGCCACAAUGACUAAUAUGCGAUCAGGUACAACAAUGAUGUCUGGCUGUGGAAUUUUAGUAAAUGGAAAGGGCACUUGUCGUGAAUAUGGAGAAUUUAAUUUAGAUGAAUUAAGGGAAGGUGAUAGAGUAGGUAUGAUAAGACGAAGUAAUGGAAAUCUUCAUUAUUUAAUAAAUGGAUUGGAUCAAGGUAUUGCUGCUAAAGUACCUGCUGGUGUAUGGGGUGUUAUAGAUUUGUAUGGUAUGACAGUAAAAGUGACAAUUGUUGAUCGUGAUGAAAGGGAAGAACAAAAUCUAGUUACUAGAAGAAAUACAUUACAAUUGCAAGGCUUAAAUGAAACAGAAGAAGAACCACCAGACAGACUUAUGUUUCAUUCUUGUUGCGGUACGCAUGUCGAAGUAAUUAAUAAUGGACGUACUGCACAUAGGCCUAAUGUAAUGGAUGAUUUCAACAAUGGUGUUGUAUUAACUUCAAGGCCAUUAAAACCAAAUGAAUUAUUCGAAGUAAGAUUGGAUAAAAUUGUAACAAAAUGGGCAGGAUCUAUUGAAAUAGGAAUUACCACUCAUUCUCCAACCGAAUUAGAAUUUCCCUUCACUAUGACAAAUGUUAGAUCCGGCACAUGGAUGAUGACAGAAAAUGGAGUUAUGCAUAAUGGCACUACCAUAAUAGAUCAAUAUGGUCAAAAUCUUGAUAGAUUACAAGUCGGAGAUCGUGUAGGUGUAAUGCGAAAAGAAAACGCAACGUUACAUUUUUACGUAAACGGUGCUGAUCAAGGAGCCGCAGCAAUGAACGUGCCUGAGAAAGUUUACGGUGUUAUAGAUCUUUAUGGCCAGGCAGCACAAGCAACUAUAGUUUAUAAUACAGACUUCUAUAGCCCUACCACAAAUAAUUCAAGUUUUAGCAAUACAACAUUAUAUAGUGAUUUGAGGUUUCAUCAUAUACAUAGUAAAAAUGCAAAAAUAAUAAACAAUGGAUUAACUGCAUUGAGGCCUAGAGCUUUAGGAGAAUUCAACGAAGCCAUUGUAAUCGCAAAUCGCGCACUACGUGAUGGCGAAAUGUUUGAAGUGACAAUUGAUAAAAUGGUUGAUAGAUGGACAGGAGCAAUUGAAGCAGGUGUAACUCUUAUAAGACCUGAUGAAUUGGAAUUUCCAUCUACUAUGACAGAUAUUGAUCACGAUACUUGGAUGUUAUCUGGAUCUAACGUUAUGCGAGAUGGUGUUAUUUUAAGAAAUAAUUAUGCUUGUGAUUUAGAUAAAUUAGUAGAAGGUAAUCGCAUUGGUAUGAUGCGAUGUUCAGAUAGUAGUUUGCAUUAUUAUUUAGAUGGAGUAGAUCAGGGACCUGCUUGUACAGGUGUACCGUCACAUAUCUAUCCUGUGAUUGAAUUAUAUGGACAAUGCGUUCAGGUUACAAUUGUACAACCAGAACGUAGAGAUCCAAUUACACAACAGUAUUUGCCAUCAGAAAACAGUACUAGUCAACAACCUACAUCUGUAAUUCAGCUUCAAGCUCAAACAGAAAUAAUGCAUAAAUUUCAUGAAUCUGUUGGCUUAAAUGUUCAAUUAAAUAGUGAUAGGACAGUAGCAACUAGGUGUAGAGAAUAUAAUAAUGCUAUAUUAUUAAGUGAAACACCAUUAGAAAAUAAUGAACUUUUUGAAAUUGCUAUUCAAGAAGUUGCUCGUCAAUGGAGUGGUUGCUUAAGGAUAGGUGUUGUAAAAAAUGAAAGUGGAAAUUGGUUAACAUCUAUGAAUCUUGUACCUGGUAUGGGAUCUAUUUCAACAGAUGCAUGGUAUUUAACAGGUAAUGAAGUAAGACAUAAUGGUUAUGUUUUAUGUAUAAAUUAUUGUCCAAGUUUGGAAUGGCUGCGUGUUGGUGAUAAAAUUGGAUUGAAACGUACUCAUGAAGGUAAUUUAAAGUUUUAUAUAAAUGGAGAGGACAUGGGUAUAGCGGCAUCAGGCAUACCGGAAAUGGUGUAUGCUGUGAUCGAUCUUUUUGGUAGUACAGUGGCUGUAAAUAUAACAAGUAGUAAACAACAAAACAAUGUAGUAUCUCCAAAUGCAAGCUUGAGAUUACAAGAUUCUUUGGAAUUAUUGUUAGAUCCUAUGCCGCCUGUUUUGCGAAAUGAUGCUGGAAUGGACACAUCUAUAGAUAUAUCUGAAGGAAAAUUAGUAAACGAUACAAUACUUACGCCGACACAAUCUGCAGCUCAUUUGACAGGAGAAAAUGAUUGGAAUUAUGAAUUUCAUGAAAAUCAUGGUAGAAACAUUCAACUUGAAAGUAAAACAAUUGCACGAAGAGUUGCAAGUUAUAAUCAAGGAGUGGUAAUGUCUAGUCGACCCUUAAUGAAAGCUAAGCCAUUUUUAGUGAAAAUAGAGAAAUUGAACAAACGAUGGGUAUCUAAUAUUUAUUGUGGUGUAACUUGCAUUUCACCUGAAAAAGCUAAUUUUCCUUUAACUGCUCUUGGCUUUAAAAAGCAUUCUUGGAUUAUUUGUAGUGAUUGGAUAUCACAUAAUGGUAUAAGAGUAAAAACAAAGUAUGGACUUGCUUUAGAAAAUCUUCAUGUUAAUUCCGUAGUGGGUGUAUUUAUUGAUGACGAUAAUAGAUUACAUUUAAUUAUCAAUGGCAUAGAUCAAGGUGUAGCUGCAACAGAUUUACCACCUUAUGUUUAUGCUGUAUUUGAUCUAUAUGGACAGUGUGAACAAAUUUCCAUUCUUGCAAAUAACGGAGAACCGUUUUCAUCUACUACUAUUAGUAAUACCCUCACAUCUGUAGAAUGUAUAAAGACAAAGCUGGAGGAUACAGAAAAUUCAAGAGAGAAAGCAGAUUUAGAAUGUCAUGAGAAAGAAAAUAUUAUGGCAGCUACUUCUUCAGAUCUAUCUUCCUCCACUUCACCAAGUGUGCCGAGUCAAUGCAAUUCAAAUGUUAAAGAUGAUGAUAUUGUAGGAUAUACAACGCGUAAUAAUGAUAAUGUGCAUUUAGCAAAUAAUAUUGAAAAUAAAGCAGUGCCCAGUAUCUCAGACAGUAAUAAUUUAGAUUCGAAUUCAGAUAUAAAUCAUGAUAUAACACGAAGUAUUAAAAACAAAUCUUAUGAUAAUUCAAAUCAGUUAAAUAAUAGUGCGAUAUUGAAUAGUCAAUCAGAAAAUUUGAGUAUUAGAAAUGAAUGUACAAAUGUAGAAAUAAAUAACGCAACUAAUAUUAAUAUUAAAAAUGGCACUGCAAACAGCACCAGUAACAUAACUAACUUAAAUACUAACACUAAUAAUGCGAUAAACGAAAGCAUAAUGUCUAAUAGUCAAGGGAAUAAUAUGAGUUCCUUGCAUCAAAAUAAUGCAUCUGUUAAUAUGUUAAAUUCAUCUCAGACAUUUUCCUCUCAUAAUACAUUAAAUAACGCAACAUCUGAAAUUUCGAACACUGUUUCUUCUAGUUUCAACGAAAUGCGAUCAAAUAUAUCUUGGAAUAACAUCGUAUCUGUUGAUAAUUCUGUCAGUGGAAAUACAAUUUUAGGACAAAAUACAGUCUCUAUUUACAAUAUACCUUCUAUGUUACAUUCAUCGUUACCGUCCACUCCUCUUGGAACAAAUAUAAUAUCCACAAAAAAGUGUGAAUAUUUAAAGGCGUGUAUGAGAUUAAAAAAAUCACUUGUUUUACCAGAUGAAUUCUUUUCUUUAGAAGAUAUACUAUGUUAUUGUAACAAUUGUUAUAAAGUAGAAGGGGAUAGUGCAAUAUGUAAGAAAGGUGAACCACCAGCAGAGUUUGCUAUACCAAUUGGAUGGACCAGAUUUCCUUUGAAACAAAGUAUUAAUGCUAAUCAAAUUCCACAAAAUACAAUUGAUAAAUGGCAUGUUGCUUUUUAUGGCAUACGUCUGGACGCAAUUAGACUAAUUUUGGAUACAGGAGAAUUAAUGCCAAAAGAACAAUUAGAUUUGAGUAAUUUAACAAUGAAUAUAAAAAUGGAAGAUCAAAAUCCUCAAGUAGUUUUCUCUCCUAGUAUAAAAUAUGCAGCAUCCGAAGAAUUUACCAAAAAAUAUCCAUAUAUCGAUACUCAAUCAAAUAAAAAGUUAAAUGCAUCUACAGCAUUUCAAUUAUUAGUAAGGCCUGGCUCAUAUACAAUCAAUUCUGGUAGUAAAGAUAGUGAUGAUUCACAAUUUCAAUCUGUCAAAUGGGCUACUAAAGAAGCUGGAGCUACAGUUAUCAUGGCUCUUUUAAUUCAUCUUGAUGGAUUUUAAUUUAUAUAAUACGAAAGUGAGAAAACAUUUCAUAUGCGACUGUUACACUUUCGUUUAAAGUUGACGAAUGUACAUAAACAUUAUAUACGUAAUAUAAUUAAUAUUAAUACGUAAUUAAUUAAUUAAUACGUAAGAUAAUUUUUUAAAAUCAAUUUUUUAUCUUGAAUUAUUCCGUCAAAUCUCCACCAUGUAUAUUUACGUUGAAUAGUAUGUUAAAUACUUCAGUAAAAACAAUAACGAUCAUUUCAUAAAGAUCUAUUACGAUUUUUAUUAUUUUGUUUUUGAUUCAAUAUGUUCAGUGUUAAAGACAGGUAUAAUUUACUAAUUGUAAAUCGAAACAAACUUGUAAUAAUCAAUUCAUUAAAGUACAGUAGCAUGUAUAUCAAAUACAUAAUACAUAUGUAUUAUGUUAAACGUUUAAUGUAGCUAUUGGCCAAGGUUUAUAGUGAUAAAGAUUAUGUUGAGAAAAUUUGCACCAAAGGUUCGUCGCUACAUUAAAAAGUCAUGGUAAUUUUCAAGUUUUAUGCCUAAUGAAUAUCAAAUUUUUGAAUAUUAAUAAAAUUUCUCUCUCUCUUUUUUUUUAAGCACAACAUUAAUAAAAAGAUAUGUUAUCUAUAAAAUGUAGAAAUAAAAUAAUAAUGUUGUAAAUCACACUACAAGGCUACAAUAGAGAAUUCAGGUAUAAAAUUCCCAUAAAAAUGAAAAUAUUCGGGAAAUGUAAUAACUAUAUUUUCAAAUACGCUAUCUAGAAUUGCAUCUUUUUGUGAAUAUCAUGUGCACUAUUUAUAAAUGCAUUCAAAUAAUACAUGGAAGAAAACGAAUGUGUCUGUCUUUUACAAACUACUCAUUCAAUCAAUUUUAUCAUUAUUUGUUUUGCAACUAUGAAAUCUUGAUAAUUUUCAAUGUAAAUUACAAGCAUUUAUAUAAAAUAACAUUUUAUAACAUUUAAUAUAUAUAAGUAAACAUUUAAUAUAUAUAAUAUGUAAUA